AGCAAUAUCAUACAUGUUAAUGUUCUUAUGACAAGCUUUAAACACAAUAUUCUUUGUUUUUAUGACCGAACAUAAUGUAGAACACCUGUUUCCGACUUCGAGUAUUCAGACCACCACAAACAGUGUGUCGGGCUUUUGCUUUCGAAUUGAAUUUGCUUACGUAAAUGUGAAAACAAAUGUAAAUACAUAGGAACAGACUCAAAUCGAAAGCACAUGUAUCAAAAUUUUGGGAUGUGUUUGAUAAUAAUGUUAAGGUGUAAUAUUCUGAAGCAGUCUACAAUGAGCCCAUUUCAAGUUAUUAUGUCUCACGCUCACCUAAUGGUAGGAGAACUUCCGCAAAACUCCUCAUGUGUGUCAACAUCGUAAUUAAUAUUUGAGUGCUUAUUUGCCUUAGAGUUAUGUUCGGAUCCUUGAAAAUAAGUCACAUUUGCGCGUAUAUUUUAACUGUGUCUGUGCGCUUAUUUAAACUGGAAAUAGGUAGUUCAUAUUGCGUUGUGAUUUAUUAUACGAGAUAAGUUGUAAAGCGUAUACUACAAGAGGUGGCCUAUUUUUAACCUUAGUCACCCUUGAAUACAAUCCGAGCUAUGUAGGUCAGUACUUAUCUGAAAACACCCACAGUUUAGUCAUUUGCAUGUGGAAAUUGUGUAGCUUACGCUCCUACAAAAGGUGGGCUUUGCCACAUUACGUAAAAUGAAAUAUGGACGUUAUAGUGUGGAGACUGAAGUGUCAAUGUAGGUUUCCCAGCUGUCCGUCACUCUCAGUUUCUGACCAGAGACACUGAAGUUAUUUGAAACAACGAUGUAUUAAGACCAAGGUGAAGGAUGGAGAACACAGAUGAUGAUAUCUAUAUUUUGUCCGGUCAUGACACACUAGACGGUAGUGUCUCUGAUCCUGGCAAUCGUCUGCUCCAACAGCCUUUCGACUUUGUGAUAUCCCGGUCUCCAGGCAGCAGACCAGACCCGGCUGUCCAGGCUCUGCAACAAGCUUACUCCGAUCUCAAGAAACGUUUCAAUGAAAAAAGGCAGAAAAAUGACCAGUUAACCCGAGCAUUGCGUGAUGUAGGUAAGUUAAGAUUGGCUGAAGCAAACAUGUCGACAUACGGGGAAUCGCCGGACGAAAUGUCCAUCAGUGCCCAGGGAGCUGCUGCCACCGGCGAACAUGUUGUUACGGAUGACAAUGUCAGAGCACGCUUGGGGUAUGUCAAGUAUCUAGAACGAGAAAAAGUGAACAACGAGGCUCGAAUACAACAGUUAAUUUCAAUAAAAGGCUCAUUUGAAGAAAGUUGCAAUGCUAUGCAAAGAAAAUAUAAGGAUGCUGUUUCUGAGUUAGAAAGGAAGGACAUGGAUUUGAAACGUGUGAAUGAAAUUGUUACCGAGUUGAAAGAAGACAACAUGCAACUUCGUGAGGAGCGUGAUUCGUACAGAAGACAUGCAUCUGAUAUUCAGGACCAUAUGCACAGUUCAGUGAUUCAGAGUAGUUUAGAAAAACAGAACAGGAGUUUGGAAGAUCUGCAAUUAAAAUAUAAAACUCUUGAAGCAGAAUGUGAUACUUUGAGGAAGGAGGGUGACCGAUUGCAGGUCAGUGAAAACCUUGCUCAGACAGACUUACAGAGUGCUAAGGCAGAGCUGCAAGAUGCUAAGACAGAACUCCAGAACACAGUCAAGAAAGCAAAACAAGAGUUUGACGACCUGAGAUCCAGAAAUCAUGCCCUGGAGCAGGAAUUGCUGGCUCUCAGAGAGUCUGAUCUUCCUGUGGGGUCGUCCAUGACAACUGCGGAUGAACUGGUGCACCUCAAGAAAGUCAUCUCAGACCUUAGGAGAACUGUUAUACAACAAAGAGAGUUCCUCAGCAAGCUUGGCAGAACAAGUGGCAUGGUAGGUGCCAGGAGUGAACCAAAUGUCGGUAUUCCAAAACGAGUACUAAAUGAAGAAAAUGGUCUUGGUCCAAGUUGGGAAACUGUUCCGACCAACUCCCAGCUGCCCCAGACAGGAGUGUACGUGAAAGAUGGAGAUAAUUUAUCUCCCCGGAGGAUUCCUGGGGCUGCACCCACAUCGCGAAUUUCUGAUGGAGUCCUUUGGAACUCUUCACAAAGGAGGUCAAAUAGUUCACAUGGCACCACAUCCCAGAUGUCUGUAUCAAAUCAGGAACAUUCAAGAUCAGAGGUUCUCAGAAGAAGACCAUCAGACAAUGCUCUCAGUAGUCUACGAAGCAAAUCAGAGGUGAUUGUGAGGGCAGGUGAUACACAGGGAAAUGUUAGAGAAUCCUCACCAUUCUCAGAGUCUCAAUGGCGGAUCAAUGGAGCUCAUAUUCAACCUCAGAGUAGCUAUGAAAAUAUUCAACCAAACACACGACGAAAGUACCAGGCAGUUGUUAGUGAUGAUUUCAGGAUGGUUCAAGACAACACUCCAGCUUUCCCAGUCCCUCCAGAACUAAGACCCAACUUGGCAUAUCCAGGUACAGAAGCAUCGCCUAGCGACCACAGGACACAGACUGGUCCAAGACAAACCAAUCAGGCAGAGUCAGCAGAGAAGGUUUGUCCUGUGUGUUCCAGAGACUUCGCGCCGAUGCCAAUGGAAGACUUCCAGACACAUGUGUUUGAAUGUUUUGAUGACUCUAGUGCACCUGAAACUUUACGACCAGGGCAGAUAGAACGGAUAUGCCCCAUGUGCAAUGACCUUUUCCCCGAAACUGUACCGCAGGAAGAAUUUGAAAAACAUGUUCAGACUCAUUUUGAGCAGGAAAUAACAGACAGAUUUGAGAUAUUAGAUCCAUAAGUUGAUAAAAAAUGGUGGACUUUCUUAUCACAUUUACACAUGAAAAGUAUUUUUUAGAGCUUAAAAUUCUUUGAGUGCUUGAAAUUAUUUUAGAAAUAGGUUUGUGUACACUUUUCAGUGUUUGAAAAUAUGCUUGAAAGUCAGGAUGCGUUUGUCACAACCAAUAAUUACAGAAUUAUGGAUCCCUCGCUAAAGAUAGUGUACCAGCUUACCUCAAUCACCCCAGGACACUCCCUAAUUCCAACACUGGAUUUUGUUUUAUCAUCAAUACUUGGCUAAACAAGCUGACUCAGCAGUCCAAGAUUGAGGGUUGCUCUUGUUUGCCAUCCUGUAGAUCUACAUGGCACGCAUUUCCGUAGACGACACUAACCCCUGGAGCCAUUCCCAUCAUUCUCACGAUCGCAAAUUACCCGCCCUUGAUUUUCAUUAACAUUUUACCGACAAUCAAAUGUGGACAUAAGGAUAGGGUAAGGGAGGUAACUUAUUUUACCUAAAAACCAAAGCCACCGCCAGUUUGAUGGGCAUGAAGACAUCCUUUCCGUCAAGAAGAUUUUUAAGGGCUUUCUCGUCAGUCAGUUUUUCAAUGUUGAAUUUUUCGCAAACAUGAUCAUAAUCAAUGGGACUGGCCAACCCAACAUUGAGGCUGGUUUGUAACUCGCAUUCUGAUUGGUACGUUAGACCAAACUGUGUAGCCAAUCAAAUAAGCAAAUGGAAAUCAAGUCGGGUCAUUUGAGAUUGCAAGAAUCCAAGAACGGAUCCAGGGGUUUGUGUAGGUUUACCGAAAUGCUAGCCUUGGAGAUGUAGGGGAUGCAUGUAUGGCUGAAUCUGACUUUCAAUGCUGUCAGGUUGUUUUGGAUGCCACAAGAAGACUGGAUGUAAUCGUUGUAUAAUCUUGUGGCUUGUUUGAAAUCCAAAGUCACUGAAUAUAUUACAGGGUUGGAAUCAUGAUUAUACCCUGGCAAUGUGAGUAUUCACAUCAACACCAACAUGUCAUUAUUUGUUUGUACUAAUUAUUCCUAUCCAUCAUGUCAAGUCAUGAUAACCAUGGUAACCUACUGGUCUAUUCUCAAUACUCAUAAUUUGAAUAUGUAUAUUUUGUGUUGUGGCAUUCUGAAGGAAGUGAGGACGUGUAUGAUUGUGCUUGUGUGUGAAAUGCAAACAGUUCUCUCGUUCAUAGUUCUUGAAACAGUAUAUUUUCUUUUCUUAACAGUCUGGUUCUAGUGGUGACUGGUGUUUAAUCCCCAUCACUACUGAGUCCUAGUCUAUUAUAACUAUCAUCAAUGAGUAUCACGUAUAAUAUGCUAUCUUUUAUUAUAUUUCUUUCUUUUGUAAUUGAUACUUAAUAAAAUGGCAGCCAAGGCAUAUUAACUAACAUGUGCAUGUCAGAAAGACAAUGGUAAUUUUCUUUUGGUAUCCUGUCCCUUUGUGACUGAACUAAGCUUCAAUAUAUAUAUAUAUAUAUAUAUAUAUAUAUAUAUUAUACUACAUCUUUGAUAGGGAUAUUUUUCUCUCCAUUCCCUCUUCUCAUAUGAUAUUCUUUCUUUUAUUAUAUUUCCUGAUUCUCAUAAUAUGUCAAGUGGUUUAUAUAUUGAUAGAAUGACAUAUCUGAUUGUCUCUGUCAAUAGGUGGGUACAAUACCUGGUAUACAAUAUCAUUCAUCUCUGGACAGAUGGGUGGAAAUAGAAGCCAAGCAGAAGAUGUUUGGUCAGUUUUUAUAUAUUCAAAAUCAUGCCGCCAGUCUACAUAAUUCAUAUUCCUGUUCAUCUGAGAUAGGAGGGCACGGGUGGCCCAGUUGUCUAAGGGGCUGCGAUUCACUGUGCAGAGUUGCAUCCCUUGGGCACGUCAGAAACCUAUGAUUGUGGCUUCGAAUCCCAUUUCGCCCUAAUUAUGUUUCUAGGUUUGUCAGCACCAUACCCGUGCUCGUGGGUUUCACCUAUCUUUGAGCAACACUCUCUGGCCCUGAACAUUCUGGAGAGUUGUACAUCUGUCACAAACAAACAAUAUAUAAUCCUAAAAUCCUAGACAGAUCCCUGUAACAUGUUGGGUGUUUGAUGCAGACGCUUGUGUGAUGUCAUUUCCUGUGGAGGCAUUUGAGCGCUUGUGGCAAAGUUAUCUCCCUUUGAUAUUUGGCUAAUAUGUAUUUUGAGUGUUCUGUAACUUGAAUUGUGUUGAAGUUAGGCACUAUCAUUUAAGGGUUAUUGGUUAAUAUUAUACUCAGUCCAUUGUUCAGUUCACAAAGUGCAUGUUAUUCCAGUUGGGGAGCAACCAUUAUAUUUUCAGGGAGUUGGGGCAGGAUGUUUUCUAAAAAUAUAAUAUCAAGCCUCUGUAGUACUGAUUUAUUUUUACAUAUGCCUCGCAUUGGAAGGGAUAAAAAAUGUACCCUUUUCUUGCAGACGAAUGUCCAUUUUGUUAUUUUUAUGUAUUUAAAAACAUAAUUAUUGAGCAUCUGUUUGUACGGGUAAAUGAUUACCCCCUUACCUUUCAGACACUAUUUAUCAAACUGAUGGCAAUGAAUAAGGGAACACAGUUUUAUACAAGUAAAAGAUGCUAUCAUGGGUCCCCAGCAUCAUCUACCCAAUAUGCAUUGGAAACAAUGCACACAAAUACAUCUCAACAUUUGAUUCUGACGUGUUGAAUUUGAAUGCAUUGUAUUUCAAAUGUACUGACAGUCAAGCUUAUUUCCCUACAGUUGUCUUUGUUCACUUCUUCGUUCCAUCAGUGUAUGUAGUAAAGAUGGCUACAGUGGUUUUUUUCCCAGUGGGGUUUCACGGCCUCGUCAUUGUACUAUGAGAAAGUCCAUUAUAGCUAUGAACAUAAUUGUCUAUACAAAUAGUGGGUUUUGUAACAAGGACUAGAUGUUUUCAUAGAUUAUCAUGGAAGGAACUUCCUUCUCUAUGAAUGGAACUCUCUGCAGCCUGCGGGAUGCAUUCAUGAGAAGGUCCUUGCUGCACCUUCACUAGUCAAGCCCUCUGUGUCCAUCCCCCAACUGACACUUGUUGUGCUGCUUUGUAACACUCCUUGGAAUCUCGUCUUCAAAUCAUCUUUCACGAUUAGGUACAUUCACAGUUCUUAACGGUAUCUUGAAAGUGCUUCUGUAUUUUAUCAGUGUAAAAUGGCUUACAGGAUAGGCAGAAUGACAUCAGUUGUUUGUGCGACUACCCAUGCUCUUCAGCCAAACUUUUUGUGUUGUAUGGUUUACAUAUCAUUGCUUGAGAAUAAGCUGGGAUUAGUAAAAAACUAGUGUAGUAUUUUUAUUAUUCUAAAUGGAUUGAAGUUGUUUUGGUCUGGAGGUUUUGUUUCAAGAAAUUAAUGCACUAAUUGGUUAAAGGGCAGGAUCUUUAUCUCUUCUGUAACAUGUUACCAACAAAGCAUUGGAAUGAUUCAACAAGUUGAUAGUUACUUUAAGUUUGCAUGAUUGUUUAGUCAAUUCGUCCAUUAUGAGUGGUUUUUAUAAACAUUAAUCUAAACUAUUAUUAUCUUAUUUUGUGAUUGUGGCUUGUGAUUGUGAUGUAUCUGUAAAUUAAAAAAUGAAAAAAUGUGUUGCCAUAGGAAAACAUGGCAAAGGUUAAUACUGGAAGUUUAAAGGGUAAUUAGUCGACCCAUGUAGAGCAGAAACCUAGGACAUGACAUGUUGUCGUUGUGUUUAUAAAACAUCCUUUAAGAGAAUUAAGAUUAGUUACUAUUUGUUAGUUGACAUUUUUAGUAUUGGUGGAUGUUUCUAUCUAAAGUUAUCAGGAUUUGUGCAACACCUUUUCAAAUAUUUAUGUUCGUAUUCUUCUCCAUGAGCAUAUAUAUGGCACCAUAUUGUCUGUAAGUCUGUUUCUGUCACCGAGUGUAUCAGAAGGUUUUCUGCAGUUAGCAAGAAUGUUAACAGAGAUAUAAAAAAUAUGUCAUUAAUCUGGUAUGUACGUUUUUAAUGUCUGGGUGUUGAAUUAUCUGGUUACAACUGAAUGAGGGGCGGUCGGGUAGCCUAGUGUUUAAAGCGUUCGCUCGUCACGCCGAAGACCCGGGUUCGAUUCCCGACAUGGGUACAAUGUGUGAAGCCUGUUUCUGGUGUCCCCCGCCGUGAUAUUGCUGGAAUAUUGCUAAAAGCGGCAUAAAACCGUACUCACUCACUCACUACAACUGAAUGAUUGUCAGAAUAGAAACAGAAGCUACUAUCUGAAAGUACUGAUACACUGACACAGUGCGUGAGGUACUUCAACAGUGGAACUAUUGUGUAAUUAUUGUACAUUGUCAUUGUACAUUUGUAUAGUAUAUUCAGAUGCAAACUUCUUCCUGAAAAUAAUUUGUGUAAUUAGUUUAACAUUAUUUGAUAUCUGACUGAUCAUCUUGUAAAUAGUUUGAAUUGUGAUUUGUUUACAUAUUAUGUGUAUAUGUAUAUGUAUGUAAUUGUCAAUGUUAGGUCAAGAUUAUUUGCUUGGCUGCUUUACUCAAUCAAAUUGUGGGUCAGUAAGAUUUACCUUCAGAAAGACUUUAAUAAUCAGUGAACAAGAUGAUUUCAUUUGUAACAGUGGUUAAUGUGAAGUAGACUAUAAUAUCAGGAAUGUAACUUACUCUGAAACAUUUGCUGGACCGAAUAGUGAGAUCUCUCGAGCAUGGAUAGCUUGGAGGUUAGAAACUGAGUCAGGUGAAGGGGCAUGUGCCAAUAUGCAUCAAUGUGGGCCGAUCUGUUGAAGGGUGUUUCAAGACAAAACAUGGUGUCGGGAUGUAGAACUACACACAUGCCAUGUGCUUCUUACAGGUAGAUCACAGGUGGAUGCAAGUGUAGAGACAAUAUGCUAUUCCUGUGAUUGGUACAAACAUCAUGUUGUUUGUGUUUUGCAUGUGUGCCAACCUAACUGACCCCCUUGUUCAACACCUAACAAGUGAUCUACAAGUUUAUCAAUGUAAUUAACGAAGCUUACCACAUCUUUUGCCCAGCUUGUUUACAUAUUUGUAUGCUUCUUGUCAGUACAUGCCUUGAAUGGCUUCAGGCACAAACGGAAAUGUCUUCAGAUAUCUGCAAAUUUAGAUUGUUUCACCCUAUAAAUACUUAUUUAAAUAUUUUGAGUGUAAUGUAAAGAAAACCAAAACAGAGUUAACAUCUGGUGAAAAAAGUGUCUUGGAGUAUGGAAGGUCAUGAGACUAAAUAUGAUUCUGUUAUUCUACACAGUAGGCAAGGGUUUCCGGUACUGGUACAAUGGGUGGGUGUUCUCACAGAAACAGGAUCGGCAAGGUUAACAGUGUGAAAAACCCAAAAUAACUUACUGAACAGGGUAAUGUUCUUGGUAUAGUUUCUGGAUCCUCGAAACUUGAUGACAGGAACAAUGGGACCUGUGGCCACUUACCAUUUUCCACCAGUUCUUCGUGGGAUUGGACUCGGCAACCUUUUCUGUGGACGCAUAUUCUACUUUGAACUUUGCUGUCCAUGGGUCUCUAUUUUGAUCAAUGUCGACUGAGUGUAUGCUUUUAUUUCGUGGUAUUAGAAGUGAUUGUGAGAAUCACAUUUUUCAGUAGCUAAUGUCAAUGUUUCUUCACAAUUCAUUGACAAUUUAAGUCGCUUCAAACCAUUGCUGUAUUCCUAGAACAUUUUCCAGAACUUUGGACUGCAAUUCGUAGUUGUCCUUCAACUUUUGAUUACAGUUCGUAGUUGUCCCUGAACAAUCUACCAGAGAUGGUUAAGAAGAGUCUGAUUUCUUUCAUCCAGAGGUCUACUGGACAGUACCAUAGCUCGACCACAUAUGAAUAAGUGUUUAUUCAAAUGCAAGGAGACGGUCCUCCUGAUUAACUGCAAUUACUGUAAGAAACCAAAUCAACGUGGCUUAUGUGUCGAGGCUACAUAAUUGACUCGUCCUAGGCUGAAUUGGAGGCCCGAUGUUGCAAUAUACAGAUGACGAUCCAACCUUUACCGUAUAACAACGUGAGUUGUACUUGAAUAUAUCAUGUAGAACACCCGCUCGUGGAGAAUUGAGAGGUUGGCGAAAACUUUCUUAACGUAAUUUAUACGAGAACCACAUAUAAAUAUAGGUCUUCAGAGAUUUCUUUAAAGCAUUAUUAACCAAACCUACCAAAGUUGGAAUACAUAAGUCCUGUCCAGUAUAUUAUUAAUUCUAUUUACGGUUCUCGGGUGAUUAGUUGUAAUUGCCUUUCUUGGGGUUUAAGUGAUAUUCCUCUAAUUUGUGUAUUACAUGAAUAUAUAAAUAAAAUUAUUAACAUGAA